GCAAGAUGCGUAUAAUAUUUUGUAUCAAAUUUUGGAUAAUAAAAAUUGGAAAGUUAGAUAUUAUUCACAAGAACCACAAACUGCUGUAGUAUUAAUUGCACCACUAACUACUGACUCAAAUAAAUUAGAAGCUA